AUGAUUGAAACGGAGAAUGGAAUUAUUCAAAUGAAAAAUGAAAAAGAAGACAGCCUGUACAAAAGCAAAAAUAGAGCUUUAUCUCACAUCGAUGUCGCUACAAAAAGCAAAAGAAGUGUGAAACGAUCGAAGGGACAAUUACGAGUUAAAUGUCCUGAAAGGAGCCUCUCAGAUAUCGAAGAGACCUGUCCGACAGAAACAUCACGCAUACUUUUGAAAUAUGAAUGUUGUAUUCAGUGCCCAGGACAGGAAACCGGUUACGGCUGUGAAGUGCACAACUGUACCGCUGUCUCCGAUUGCUUGUCUAUAGACCUCUCAACUCGAUCUGUUCCUUCCGUUCAUUUGGAUCUUUCAAGAGCUCAAUUAUCCGUUCUGCCGAGUAACAUAUUCCAUAGAUUGCCUAAUCUGACCUCCAUUAAUCUGUUCAACAACAACAUCUCUGUUCUUCCUGUUAACGUGUUCAAUGAUCUUCAUGAACUUACUAGUCUUACAUUGAAUAGCAAUAAUUUGACAGUCCUUCACAAUGAUCUGUUCGCUGGACUUACUAAACUUUCUAAUCUCCGUUUGGGCUACAACAAAAUCAAAUUUCUCACUCAUAAUAUCUUUAGUGGACUUUCGCAACUUUCCAGACUCGAUCUGUCCGCAAAUGAGCUAGUAACAGUCCCUAAUAAUGUGUUUGGUGAUCUGUCGAAACUUACCUCCCUUUCUUUGUCCAAUAACCUUAUUAUAGACCUCCCCUACAAUACAUUUAGUGGAUUAUCUGACCUGACUAAUCUAUAUAUGUCAGGUAAUAAGAUAACUACUCUUCAUCACAGCGUGUUUGAUGGACUUUAUAAUCUUACAGAUUUAUACCUGAAUAAUAUAACAAAACUGCCAAAUUCUGUGUUUCAUGGCCUGUCAAAGCUCACUCGCUUAAUGCUUGUGGGUAAUUAUAUUUCAGAUCUCCCCCACGACGUGUUUCGUGGGCUUAAUGAACUUACUGAACUCAGUCUUGGCGAUAAUAACAUAUCAGUUUUACCUCAUGAUGUAUUUUUUGGGUUAACAAAGCUUACUACACUACACCUGUCUGAUAAUAAUUUAGUGGAAAUCCCGUUUGAUCUUCUCGUUGGAUUAUCCAAACUUUCUUCGUUUCAUUUGCAUAAUAACACAAUUAAGAGUAUUCCCCGUAACGUUUUCACCGGAGUAAUGGGUGGCAGGGAGCGGUACCAAUGGAAUAAGGAGCCCGGAUUUGCCUUGCCUUUAAACCUUCAAAUACUUGAUGUAGGAAACAAUGAACUUAAACAUUUACCAGAUCUACCAAGAAAUUUAACUGAAUUAAAUAUAAUAAGAAACAAAUUAAAUGUAGAAGAAAACAUGUUUAAGGGUUUGGAUAAUUUACAAAAACUAUGGACCGAUGUACCUUUUAUGUGUUGUGUUAAGCCACCGUCUGUUAAGGAUGCCAAUUGUAUUGAAACACAACAUCAAAUUUGGACCUGUGAUUUAAAACCGGAGGAAUGUGGGUCAAAGGGUGAUGCGAUAUCUUCUUGUGAUGCUUUGGUUAGCUCCCAGAUAUUAAGAACGUGUCUUUGGAUCAUUGGAAUUUCUGCUUUAAUCGGAAAUGUCGUCGUGAUUGUCUACAGACUAUUCAUCGACAGGGAAAAUAUUACAAAGAACUACUCGCUUUUUACGUUGAAUCUGGCUAUAUCUGAUUUACUGAUGGGCGUAUACCUACUUAUAAUAGGUGCCGUUGAUGUGUAUUAUGACGGUGCAUAUGCAUGGAAUGACCGACAUUGGAGAAACAGUAUUUUUUGCACAAUGGCUGGCGUGUUGUCUAAUGUAUCCAGUGAAAUGUCAACUUUUCUGAUUCUGCUUGUAACGUUGGACAGACUUAUUGUCAUCAUGUUCCCUCUGUCCCGCCUCUCAAGAUGGAGUAUCACAUGGAAACCGGCUUUGAUUCUGUCCUUGUCUCUGUGGGUUGUUUCUAUCGCACUUGCAAUCAUCCCUAUUGUUGCUAUGCAAUCUUACUUCAGAGGAGAGUUCUACUCUCAAUCAAGUGUUUGUCUCGCCUUACCUUUGAGAAAAAGCGAUCGGCCAGGAACUGGGUAUUCUUUCGCAGUGUUUGUUUGCCUAAACAGCAUAAUCUUUGUUGCAAUAGUUGUUAGUCAAGUUUGUAUUUGCAAAAGUAUUAGAACAAGCAGUCGCCGAAUAACCUCAUCCCAGAACCGUCAAAGAGAGAUUUCUGUUGCAAGGACUUUGUUCUUUGUGGCUGCGACAGACUUUUGUUGCUGGUGUCCAAUCGGUAUCCUUGGUGUGGUAGCAAGAUGUGGAGUAGAAAUCCCGAAUGGAGUGUAUGCCUGGGUGAUGGUGUUUGUGUUGCCUAUCAAUGCUGCCAUCAAUCCGUUUCUGUACACUGCGUCAGCUGUUUGGAGAAGAAGACAGAAUGGAAUGAACAACAGUAGUCAGAAAAUAUCUGCGUUUGGUCAGAUAAUACCUUCGUUAAGAGAUACAGAACACAGGGAUGGGAGCCUCUCAGAUAUCGAAGAGACCUGUCCGGCAGAAACAUCACGCGAACUUUUGAAAUAUGAAUGUUGUAUUCAGUGUCCAGGACAAGAAACCGGAUACGGCUGUGAAGUGCACAACUGUACAGCUGUCUACGACUGCUUGUCUAUAGACCUCCCACCUUCCGUUUAUCUUCAUCUUUCAAGUGCUCAAUUAUCCGUUCUGCCGAUUAAUAUAUUCCAUAGAUUGCCUAAUCUCACCUCCAUUAAUCUGUUCAACAACAGCAUCUCUGUUCUUCCUGUUAACGCGUUCGAUGAUCUUCAUGAACUUACUAUUCUUACAUUGACUAGAAAUAAUUUGACAGUCUUUCAAAAUGAUCUGUUCGCUGGACUCACUAAACUUUCUUUUCUAAGUUUGGACUACAACAAAAUCAAAUUUCUCACUCAUAAUAUGUUUAGUGGACUUUCGCAACUGUCCAGACUCGAUCUGUCCUCAAAUGAGCUAGUAACAGUCCCUAAUAAUGUGUUUAGUGAGCUGUCGAAACUUACCUCCCUUUCUUUGUCCAAUAACCUUAUUAUAGACCUCCCCUACAAUACAUUUAGUGGAUUAUCUGACCUGACUAAUCUAUAUUUGCACAACAAUAGCAUAAGUUCCCUGCCUCAUAAUGUGUUUGACGAAUUAUACGAACUGAAGUAUAUCUUUUUGUACCAUAAUCAUAUCCUAAAUCUGCCAUGCAAUGUAUUCAAUGGUUUAUCAAAUUUAGCAUCCCUCAUACUUAACGAUAACAAUAUAUCAGAUCUCCCCCACGACGUGUUUCGUGGGCUUAAUGAACUUACUGAACUCAAUCUUGGCAAUACUAACAUAUCAGUUUUACCCCAUGAUGUAUUUUUUGGGUUAACAGAUCUUACAACGCUCCACCUGUCUGAUAAUAGAAUAAAACAUCUCCCACAUGAUCUGUUCAGUGGAUUGUCGAAACUGGAUUUCCUCUCAUUAUUCAAUAACAGCAUAACGGUUCUCCCAAAUAAUAUCUUUAGUGGUCUGGUGGAACUCAAAGUACUCGAUAUUUCACAUAAUAAUUUAGUGGAAAUCCCAUUUGCCAUGCCUUUAAACCUUCAAAUACUUGACGUAGGAAACAAUGAACUUAAACAUUUACCAGAUCUACCAAGAAAUUUAACUGAAUUAAAUAUAAUAAGAAACAAAUUAAGUGUAGAAGAAAACAUGUUUAAGGGUUUGGAUAAUUUACAAAAACUAUGGACUGAUGUUCCUUUUAUGUGUUGUGUUAAGCCACCGUCUGUUGAGGAUGCCAAUUGUAUUGAAACACAACAUCAAAUUUGGCACUGUGAUUGGAAACCGGAGGAAUGUGGGUCAAAGGGUGAUGCGAUAUCUUCUUGUGAUGCUUUGGUUAGCUCCCAGAUAUUAAGAACGUGUCUUUGGAUAAUUGGAAUAUCUGCCUUAAUCGGAAAUGUCGUCGUGAUUGUCUACAGACUAUUCAUCGACAGGGGAAAUAUUACAAAGAACUACUCGCUUUUUACGUUGAAUCUGGGUAUAUCUGAUUUACUGAUGGGCGUAUACCUACUUAUAAUAGGUGCCGUUGAUGUGUAUUAUGACGGUGCAUAUGCAUGGAAUGACCGACAUUGGAGAAACAGUAUUUUUUGCACAAUGGCUGGCGUGUUGUCUAAUGUAUCCAGUGAAAUGUCAACUUUUCUGAUUCUGCUUGUAACGUUGGACAGACUUAUUGUCAUCAUGUUCCCUCUGUCCCGCCUCUCAAAAUGGAGUAUCACAUGGAAACCGGCUUUGAUUCUGUCCUUGUCUCUGUGGGUUGUUUCUAUCGCACUUGCAAUCAUCCCUAUUGUUGCUAUGCAAUCUUACUUCAAAGGAGAGUUCUACUCUCAAUCAAGUGUUUGUCUCGCCUUACCUUUGAUAAAAAGCGAUCGGCCAGGAACUGGGUAUUCUUUCGCAGUGUUUGUUUGCCUAAACAGCAUAAUCUUUGUUGCAAUAGUUGUUAGUCAAGUUUGUAUUUGCAAAAGUAUUAGAACAAGCAGUCGCCGAAUAACCUCAUCCCAGAACCGUCAAAGAGAGAUUUCUGUUGCAAGAACUUUGUUCUUUGUGGCUGCGACAGACUUUUGUUGUUGGUGUCCCAUCGGAAUCCUUGGUGUGGUAACAAGAUGUGGAGUAGAAAUCCCGAAUGGAGUGUAUGCCUGGGUGAUGGUGUUUGUGUUGCCUAUCAAUGCCGCCAUCAAUCCGUUUCUAUACACUGCGUCAGCUGUUUGGAGAAGAAGACAGAAUAGUUUGUCUGCCCGAAAAACCACUGUUCAGACCACUUCCAUCAGCAAAUAA